ACAUUAACCUCAAAAGCAUAGAAAUCAAAACAUUUCGCGUUUGAGGUUCGUUUUAUUUUUGUUUUUCGUUUUAAAAGUGAUCAAAUUAUUCAAAUUGUGAUUGUUUAAAAAAAUAUUUCUUAAAAGUUAACGGUUGUAGCCUGAACAUUCCGUCUUUAUUUCAGCAAAGUGUACCAUGUCCGACACCGACACAUCAGAUUCCGAUUCAGGGAUACGCUUCAAAACGACUUCUACGCGCUACAAAACGGAGGGUCCGGAUAAAUAUUCAUCUUCAUCCAAAUCCACACGCUCGGUAGCUUCCAACAGUAGAAAUAGUCGUGACAAUGAUCGAGGAAGAGAUCGUUAUCGAGAGAGGGAUAGUCGACACACGAGCCGACGAAGUAGAAAAAGUUGUAGCAGAAGCAAAAGUCGUAGCCGUAGUAUAGAUCGACGAAAACGUAGAGAAACGGAACGCCGUAGUCAUCGUAGUAGAUCUAGAUCAAGAUCACGAUCAAAACGAUCCUCGCAUGGCAGGCGAGAACGCAGGUCAAGUUCAGAAAACAAACUCGUUAAUCCGAUCAUAAAGCCAGAAGUUAAAAUUAGAAACACUGACGAUCAAUUGAAAAGCAAACAAAGUAAAAUUCUAGACAUUUCAAUCUCCUCACUUUCUUCACAAGAAGAUACCAUCGUAAAAGAUGAAGCUUCCGAAAGUAGCUUUGGUCCGGCACUUCCGCCUACAAUACCAGACCAUGCAAACGAAUUCAUUGAUAACGAGAGUAAGGAAGAAAAGACUGAUGAGUUUGGACCAGCACUUCCUCCGGAUUUGGUUAAAAAAUAUCAAGCAGAGGAAACUGUUGUGUCUAAUAACGGCCCGCGUGUAAUCGGACCUACUUUGCCGGCCAAUAUGAAAAUCAAUACAGAACCAACAGAAAGUUCGGAAUCCGAGCUCUCACCCUUCUCCGAAGAAGAAGAAGAAUCUGCACGGGAUGACGAGGAUAUGAUCGGUCCUCUGCCAGGAGGGUCCAGUUCUAGAGCCAAUUUGGAAUUGGAACAACGUGCACUAGAAAUAAAACUUAAACGACUGGAUGAAUCGAAAAGUGUAAAUGUAACCUCACGUGAAGAUUGGAUGCUUGAACUACCAGAUAUUCGAAAGGUUAGUGAUAUGGGUCUUGGGGCAAGACAGUUUCGAACACGCGAAAAACAAGAAAUAGGUGAUAGGACAGUCUGGACUGACACACCAUCAGAUAAAGAACGUAAGAAAUCUGGUCACUCGUCCAAAGACCCGAUACGUGAUCGCGAAGAAGAACAACAACGCCGAAGGGUCGCUGAGCGAGACAGGCAGCAAGAAGAGAUGGUCAAAAAACACAAAAAGAAGCACAAACGGGACAAAUCUCUGCUUGACAUACACAAAAAGAAAUUGGAGGAGGAUAAGAAAAAUAAAGACGUCUCUUCAGAACCAAUACGGAGGCCUUUCGAUCGCAAUGUUGAUUUGCAUGCUAAUCGUUUCGACGAGGCUCAGAAGAAAGCCAUUUUCAAAAAAGCGCAACUAUUGGACACGCGUUUUUCCAGCGGAGCUUCAAAGUUUUUGUAGAAAUCACCGAAACUAAUUUCUGGCGGCGCUUUAUCUUUUCAUUUAGAUGUGCUGAACUGAAACAUAUAUUGUGAGAUCAUAUUCUUUUUAAUGUUAAGAUUGUAUCAGUUAUCCACCUAUCUGACUAUUUCACAAAUAUUUCUCAUGCCGAGAGAACCGAUUCUAAAUUUAUUAGCAGAACGGAUAGUUUAGCCCUAGAAGCGAAUGAGCAAUGUGUGCCUCAAACAUUCACCUUGUCCAUUUCUCAGUUUAUGAGAAAGUAAUUUCGCAUUGGGGACGAGUACAAAAAUCCCCCUUGCGUUACAGUAACGCAGUUCAACGUGUGAAGUCCCUGAUGCAUCCUUUCCUGUAAGCUCAAUCGUAUAAGAAUAAUUUCCAGAUAAAAAUGUUACAUAAGA